CCAUAGGACCCUUGACCCUUUUAGAACUUGGAAUUGGGAACCCUAUUGAAUAUUCGUCACUGUUGCCCCUGGAUAACAUCUUGCUCAAAAUUUAUACACACUUGUCCCGGAUAAAAAAACCACAACCAAAAAAAGAAAGCAUUUUUGCCAGCCACACGUUAAUUUAAUAAAGAAGAAUCUUUUCAAUUCAUACACCACUAAUAAAUAAUAAUAAUAAUAUAUAAUAAUAAUGUUUGAAAACUUGAAGGCGUUUAUCAGACAUGGUAAGCAAGCAAAUGAAUUGAAAAUGAAACCUUUAGAAAUUGGUAAUCCAACCUUGGUUGAUUCUGGUGCACUUGAUUUUCUGAGCUUGUCCAAUUUGCCUUCUUUAUCUGAUGGGUUGGAUAAUGUUAGCCAAUACCAACAGUCUCCACCACCUCCAGAAUAUCAACAACAACAAAAACAACAACAACAAUUAGCUGACCAACACGCCACAUAUGAACAACCUCAACAAGUGUAUCAAGAGCCAAUAAUUGAGGUUCAACCUGAUGUAACUGAGAAAUCAGGGGCUGAACAAAAGCAACAAAAUUAUGGAAAUUAUGAUGCAGCCACCCAAAUUGUCGAACAGGAAAACCUUCAAAAGCAAAAGGGUAAAAAAUAUCCAAACUUGGAUAAAUAUACCAUUUUAGAACAAAUGGGUGAAGGUGCAUUUUCUGUUGUUUAUAAAGCUCAAAAUAAUACUUCAGGAGAAUUGGUAGCAAUUAAGAUUUUGAGGAAAUUUCAAAUGGAUCAAGCUCAAAAGCAAUCUGUUCUUAAAGAAGUUACUAUUAUGAGACAAUUAUUACAUGAAAAUAUUGUUAAAUUCAUUGAAUUUAUUGAUUCUGAUCAAUAUUAUUAUAUUGUUCAAGAAUUGGCAGUUGGAGGAGAAAUUUUCACUGCUAUUGUGAAUUAUACUUAUCUUAGUGAAGAUUUAUCUAGACAUGUUAUUCGUCAAGUUGGUCAAGCUAUAAGGUAUUUACACGAAGAAGUUGGGAUUGUUCAUCGUGAUAUUAAACCAGAAAAUGUUUUAUUUAAACCAAUUGAGGUGAAACCUUCCAGUAAUCCAGCUUCCAAAUUGAGAAAGUCAGAUGAUGCUAAUACCAAACGUGAUGAAGGAGAAUUUAUUCCUGGUAUUGGUGGAGGAGGUAUUGGAACGGUACAAUUGGCCGAUUUUGGAUUAUCUAAACAAAUAUGGGAACAUAAUACUAAAACUCCAUGUGGUACUGUUGGUUAUACCGCUCCUGAAAUUGUUAGAGACGAAAGAUACUCUAAAGAAGUGGAUAUGUGGGCCAUAGGUUGUGUAUUGUAUACCUUAUUAUGUGGGUUCCCACCAUUUUAUGAUGAAAGAAUUGAAUCAUUAACUGAAAAAGUUGCUAAAGGAGAAUAUACCUUUUUAGCACCAUGGUGGGAUGAAAUAUCCCCAUUAGCCAAAAAUUGUGUUUCAAAGCUUUUAACAGUAGAUCCAUCGAAAAGAUAUACCAUUGAUGAUUUUUUGAAUGAUCCUUGGAUUCAAAUGGGUGAAACUGAAGCUGGAAUUGCGAAAGAUAUUGUUGCACCACCAAAGAAGGUUGCAGCUGCUCCUACUCAAGAUUUCUCACAAGCUAGUCGUCAAAGUAAUGUUAGUACCACUCAAGCUGCUAGAUAUUCUAAAAAGUAUAUGAAUAGUGACUUGUAUUCACCAGCUGCAAAUGCUUUGAGAGAAGCAUUUGACAUUUCUGCUGCAGUGCAUAGAAUGGGUGAAGAAGCUGCCUUAUCCAAUAGAUUUGGUGGUUCUAACGAUAUCCAAGCUUUAGUUGAGGAAGAAGAGGAAGAAAAUGAACAUGAAGAAAAUUCACAAGGAAUUAUUUUGCCUCAAAGUAAUAUUCCAGUCACUAAGAGGCAAGCUCCUAGAUUCCAACAAAAAGUUGCUGGAGGUGCAGGAAAUAUGAAUAGUGAUAUGUUUGAUUUGAAUUUGGGAGGUGCUUCAAUUUUAGAAAGAAGGAAGCAUAAACAAGUACCUGUUGGGAUUUAAUAUAAAUCGAUAGAAUAGAUGAAUAAACAUGAUACAAAUAA